CCAAUGCGUAUCUAUUGUAUAUGUAAUAAAAUAAACUUCUGACUCAAAAAUGGAUUAUAGUUUUUCAAUGCUUGUAUUUUGCUCAAUACAUAUUUUUUUUCUACAAAUAGUGAUGUUGUUCUCUAUAUCUGAGCAAAAAAUUUUUAAAAAAAAUUCAAACCUUUCAAAAUCAAAGCAUUUAUUGACACAACAGAGAUGUAAGUCAUCAUCAUCAUCAUUCAUCAUUCUCGGCUUAACGUCCGUUUUCCAUGCUAGCAUGGGUUGGAUGGGGUAUAUUAAUGACCUGUAAGUCUGUCUGUCUGUCUGUCUGUAAGUCUAUAUUUUCUUAAUUUUAUUGCGAAAAAGAAACACAAAAAAGAUGGUCUCUUUCAUUUGUGAUGCUUGUGGAAACACUGUUAAAAAGAACCAAGUAGAGAAACAUUAUCAAACGCAAUGUCGUAGCUGCUCAGUGCUUUCAUGCAUUGAUUGUGGUGUUGAUUUUCCUGGUGAUUCAUACAGUGCACAUACAAGUUGUAUCACAGAAGCUGAAAAAUAUCAAGGACAUCUAUACCAACCGAAAAAUAAAGAAAAUAAGGGGGAAGCAAAGCAAAAGGAGUGGGUAAAGCAAAUUCAAAAUGUUGGUGGGCAUGUAAAAGAUCCUCGAAUAAAAUCACUUUUGAGUAGGAUAGCAGAGUAUUCUAACAUCCCAAGAAAGAAAAAAAAGUUUGAGAACUUUUGCAAGAAUAGUGUGAACGUAUACGAUCAAAAAACCUUAGAUGCACUAUGGGAUGCUUUUAAUACAAGCUUAACACAAGCACAGAGUACUAAAACUGACGUAUAUAACAAGGAAAACAAUAAAGACAAUACUAAUAAUACAGAAACAAGUGAGGACUGUGAUAACAGCGAUGAUAAGAAGACAAAAGUUAAGAAGACUAAAAAACGUAAGCUAAAAGAAAAUAGUGAAGAUGAAAUGCAGGAAAACGGAGAAGUAAAAAUAUCGAAGAAAAAGAAGAAGAAGAAACAGGAUACAGAAAAUGAAGAAACAGAGGAAGUGGAAGAAAUUACUGGCAAUGAGGAGAGCAAAGGGAAGUUUAAUUGGCAUAAAACAAUUAAAAGCGUGCUCAAACUGUCAGAUGAUAAACAGCUACCAGUGAAAAAGUUAAGAAAAAAGGUAUUAGCUGCUUAUCAAGAACAUGGCGUAGACCAUCGCACCAACACUGUGGAGGAGUGUCGCGCAUUGUUCGAGAAAAAACUUAAUUCAUACCCGAAAGUGAAAGUGAAAAAAGAGGUAGCCACUUUAGUAAAAUAACAUUUGUAAUAUAUUUUUUAAUGACAUACUAAAAAUUAUAAAA